UGAAAAAUAAAUUGGGCCAGUUGGAAGUGAUUUUGGACCACACAUUGGUUGACAUAAUAUGCUUAAAUGAGCAUUGGCUAAACAGCGAAGAAAUAUGUUAUUAUGUGCCUGACGACUUUGUUUUAGCCAACUCUUUUACUAGAUCAUCCUCAUAUGGUGGUUCCUCAAUUUAUCUUAGGAAGAACAUGUCUUUUAAGUGUAUUGACAUUUCUGCAUUCUGUCAAGAAUUUAUCUGUGAGGGUUCAGCAGUUAGAGUAUCUGACUGGAAUAUAAUAAUUUUGUGCAUAUAUCGUACUCCUGACUCUAGUUUUAGACUUUUCAUAGACAACCUAGACAAUCUUCUGCAACACGUCUUCAAGAAAUUUGUAAAAAACAAUGAACGGGUAGCCUUGGCUGGUGAUCUCAAGGUUGACUUUUUAAAUCUAGAAAGUUCUGAAACGGAAGUGUUCCUGAAUUUAUUAAGAUCUUUUAACCUCUACUGUACAAACCACAGCCCAACACGUCUUACUGCUGGCCUGGACAACAUCUACACCAACCUAACACCGGACUACUACGAAGUUUCCCUGGUUGACCAAGAUAUCUCCGAUCACACUGGAGUCUGGCUGAAACUUAACCUACAUCAUGACGUCCCUGCUCCCAAAGAAGACACACCAAUGAGAAAGAGACGCUUAAUGAACGAGACUACAUGGACGAUCGCCUCACAUCAUGACCUGUUUAUCUGAUGUAAACUCUUUAUCUUUAUCUUUGUCUGCUCUUAUCUUGUUUUUAAGCUAUGUGUCUCAACUCUAUGUAUUUUACCAUAUAAAAUUCUUG